AUGGUGGCAGAGAUCCAAACCCCCAUGGGCACAGCAUUGCCUCCAGCCCCCAGACAUGCCAUCACCGUCCAUCUCCCGACAUGGCGAUCGAUCGAGCGGUUCAACGACCGUGAUCCCACGCUGUUCGCCCAGUUGAAGAGCAUGUACCCCCGAUUCGUCCUCCACAGGGAUGUAUUAGAGCUCACCCAGAAGAUCAUCGAGUUCGCCGACCUCGACUCCCAGGCCCAGGGAUGCUAUAUCUUCCCCUCGCGGCAAGUCGCGACCAUGUGUAUCGACUUCGCGACCGCCGCUGCUCGAGGCGAGGGCACGAUCUCCCGGGAUAGGAUAAGUACUCGGACGUUCAGAAUACGUGGUGAUCCCCUCCCGAUCGUGCUCUACACGGUCAUUUUCCCGGUCGAACGCACCUCCACCGUGCACAGCUUCUGGCUCAACGCCGGGGUCGGCAUCUCCUCGCGUCUCGCCGAAGAUUGCUUGACGAGCAUCGACUCUCUGACGGAGGGUCAGCAGGAGUGCAAGCCGACGGACGCCGAGAAAGCAUCAACGACGGUGGUUUCAGCUCUGAGCACCACCACCGCGUGGACCACUCCUGCCCACACGACCCUGCAGGAAAGGAUAUCCAUGAUGCUGAACCGCGCGCCAGCGGCAGGCGCUGCCCGCGGGCCUCGCACUACGACGAGUACAAGCACAGGGACCGUGACCGAGCUGUCCGUGUCCGUGUCUCCCUCGGACGUGUACCUCUUCCCGACCGGCAUGGCGGCCAUCUACUGGACGCACCGGAUUGUGCUGAGCCAGUUCGACGGCCCUUCUGCGCUGUUUGGCUUCUCAUUCCACUCCACCAUCCACGUACUUCAAGACUUCGGCCCAGGGGUCGAAUUCUUCGGCCUGGGCGACGAGUCCGAUCUGCUCAAACUCGAAGGGCAUCUCGCGUCAAGGCAUGAACAGAGUGCCGCGAAUCCAACCGCAAGCGGAAGCAGUCAAGUGCAAGCCAUCUGGGCCGAGUUCCCGACCAACCCGCUCCUGCGCGUGGCGGACCUGCGUCGCCUCCGCGACCUCGCGACGCGGUAUUCCACCCUCCUGAUCGUCGACGACACGAUCGGCUCGUUCGCCAACGUCGACGUCCUUGCCGUGGCAGACAUUGUCGUCACGUCCCUCACCAAGUCGUUCAGCGGCUUCGCGGACGUCAUGGCAGGGAGUGCCGUCCUGUCACCACUCUCCAGGCACUAUGCCGCACUCAAGACGCUCUUUGAUACAACGUAUCGUGCAGACCCAGGUGUGGGGCUUUACGUGCGCGACGCGGCCCAAUUGGCGCUCAAUUCGAGGACGUACCUCUCGCGGACGAGUAUCUUGAACGCCAACGCCGAGGCGGUGGUCAAUUUCUUGGCCGUGAAGGCCGAGGAUCCCCUCAGCAGUGUCAAGGCCGUGUUUUAUCCGACGACGAGUGAAGAGAUGGUGCAGAAUUACGCGCCCUUCCUGCGGGUGCCGACGCCCGAGUUCCCCCGCCCGGGGUAUGGGUGUCUUUUCAGCGUCGAGUUCCAGGACUUGCCCUCUGUGAUUGCCUUUUAUGAUAAUCUGCACGUGCAUAUGGGCCCGCAUUUGGGUGCCCACCGUACCAUCGCGCUGCCGUACACCAUUGGGGUGUAUGGUGGGGAGCUGGAAUGGGUGGGAGGGUAUAACUUGCGCGUGACCCAAGUGAGAGUGUCGGUAGGGUUGGAGGAGAAGGAGGAGUUGGUCCAGACGUUUAGGCUUGCAGUGGACGCGGCGGAUAGGGAGUUUUCGGGGCGGAAAAAGGAUUACCCUGUUUCUGAGAAAUGA